UAAUCAGACAUUAAAAACUGUGUAUGCUUUGGGUCUUUGAGACGAGAGACACUGUUAGAUUUCCAAGACCUCUCUUUUUUUACACACAAACAAACAAAACAAUAGGGAAUUUUUAUUUUUUUGCUAUAUUUCUCCCAUCAGAUCACUGCAUAAUCAUAAUGCUGUUUCUCUUAUAUCAUCUCUUCUGAUCCAUUUCUCUCUCUCUCAAAGGUCCUCCUGUGUCAGGGUCUCAGAAGAGAGAGAUCACAUACCUUGCACACAAGUCACACAACUCGUGCUGGGCUUCAGAAAGACUGAAACUUUCUCCCUAAAAACUUGUGGGUAUUAAUGAUCUUUGCCUCACUGGGUCAUUACAUGAAGAUUCUCAACUUGGGUGCUCAAAAUGUUGGUCACUACUGAGGACAAGUCUCAUGUUGUUGUCGUUGACAUACACAGUGAUGGCUGUUGUCAACGGAGCUCGGCCACCGAUGAGGGGUGUUCUGACGCCACCGACCGGUCGCAUGAGGAGCAAAGGUCUUCCCAUGAUCCUGGCUCUGAGAUAGUAGGAGUGUGUGAGAAGGAGAGAAGAUCCUCUGCUUCAGAGUGUUCGGUGGAGGUGGAUCUGGAGGAGGAUUCAGUCCCCGAAGUUAAGGUGCAUUUGGAUAAAGUGGAGAGGGAUUGUAGGAUUUGCCAUCUCAGCAUGGAUAUGACCAACCAUGAAUCUGGUACUCCCAUUGAGCUGGGAUGCUCUUGCAAGGAUGAUUUGGCUGCUGCUCACAAGCAGUGUGCUGAGGCUUGGUUCAAGAUCAAGGGCAACAAAACAUGUGAAAUCUGUGGAUCAAUUGCACGCAAUGUAGCUGGAGCUAUUGAAAUUCAAAUGACAGAACAAUGGAAUGAGGGAAAUGAUGGUUCGACGGCAGCACAAUCUGGAGCCGCAGGAGCCACAGAAAAUAGAAAUUUCUGGCAGGGUCAUCGUUUUUUGAACUUCCUGCUAGCAUGUAUGGUGUUUGCCUUUGUGAUAUCAUGGCUCUUUCACUUUAAUGUACCCUCUUGAAUUCCUGUUUAACUUGAGGAUGAAACAGGUUAAGAUGAUGGAGGGUUAUUAGACCCUCUUCAAUUCCUCUUAACACAGGUAUCAAACUCAAUACCUGUGUCUGCAUACUUCAUGGAUCUUUAUGCUCAUUUUCUCAAUCAAAUUUAUAUAAAAUGCUCGUUGUCUAUCUUAGAACUUUCAAAGUUAAA